AUGAACUUAACAACAAAGUACCAACGAUUAAUGAACAGACUUUCCACCAAAACAAAAACCACCUAUAUCCAGCAUACAAAUAUAUCUAGUGCUGACCUACACGACAAGAAGCACUUGAACGAAAGGGGUGUUAAAAAAUUUGCGAAAAACAUUAAAGCGGCUUACUUUAACACCACACCUAAAAAGAAGGAAAUGAACAAAAAAUAUCCCCCAAGAGAUAUCCACAACCAAAACUUCCCACAACACAUGAGAACACAACCUUUCCAAUUUGGCCGCAACAACAUAUACCCACCGUUCACCCCCAUCAUACCAACACCAAGUUCACCCCCAUCAUACCAACAUCGUAUCAACACUCAACAUAUCAACAAAGGAACCGGACCACCUCCUCCCUCAUUUCGCCAAGAUAACCGAAUAAACACUCUACCACCUCAACUG